CUGGGGGAUCAGCAGCCCCAGGUAGGAGACAGGGUCCAGGAGAGCAGGUGCAGGUUUCCCAGCCAGUUCAGGCAAGAGCCCAGGUCCUGGGCCACCUCAGCCCUGAUGUCUGCAGAGGUGGAUGUGCCCGUGUGUGACCCUGAAUUUGGCAGCAACAAGGUGAAGGAGCCAAGCAUGGGGGGCAGGUGGUGCGGUUCCUGGUAUGAGCGGUUUGUGCAGCCGUGUCUUGUUGAACUGCUGGGCUCUGCCCUCUUCAUCUUCAUUGGAUGCCUGUCAGUCAUCGAGAACGGGCAGGACACAGGGCAGCUGCAGCCAGCCCUGGCCCACGGGCUGGCCCUGGGCCUCAUCAUCGCCUCGCUGGGGAGUAUCAGUGGUGGGCACUUCAACCCUGCGGUAUCCCUGGCGGUCAUGCUGAUCGGAGGCCUGAACCUGAUGAUGCUCCUUCCCUACUGGAUCUCCCAGCUGUGCGGGGGGCUGAUCGGGGCUGCCUUGGCCAAGGCAGUGAGUGCGGAAGAGAGGUUCUGGAACGCGUCUGGGGCAGCCUUUGUGACAAUUCAGGAGCCAGAGCAGGUGGCGGGGGCAGUGGUGGCAGAGAUCAUCCUGACAGCACUGCUGGCACUGGCUGUCUGCAUGGGCGCCGUCAACGAGAGGACGCGGGGCCCUCUGGCCCCCUUCUCCAUUGGCUUCUCUGUCACUGUGGAUAUCCUGGCCGGGGGUGCUGUGUCUGGAGCCUGCAUGAAUCCUGCCCGUGCCUUUGGACCUGCCGUGGUGGCCAACCACUGGGACUUCCACUGGAUCUACUGGCUCGGCCCAUUCCUGGCCAGCCUGCUUGUAGGACUGCUUGUCAGGUUCCUCAUUGGAGAUGGGAAAACCCGCCUCAUCCUAACGGGACGGUGAAGCUGAGGGCAGAACCCUCAGCGGACCCGUCCUGGGCUGCAGAUGGGACGGGGGCCCAGGGGGCUGCGGCUUUGCUCUGCUGGUUUGGAUCUGAUAGACCACUAAGUUCUGAGAUGUUCUAGGUUCUUCUAAUUCCUUUGUGCUCACCGGAGACCUUAGCCUGGGGAACGCGUUGUCAGCACUGCCCAGACGGAGGUAGAAACAGCACCAAACAGAACAGGUUUUUCUUGACAGGAAAGGUCCCAUGAUCAGAAAAGCAGUCUGAAGAGGCGGCUGUUUGUGUCCGCCAGCUCAUUUGCCCUGCUCCCUUUCUUUCUCUGUCUCCUGUUCCCUGAUGCCUCUGUGAUGGAAGCACCUUCUGUGGUCUCUUUCCUUGCUUCCUGAGCUGCCAAUCUACCUUUUCAAUAAAUAGCCCAGUAUUUCCUGGUAGUGUC